AUGGCGAAUGUUCAUCAGUUACUAAUCAAAACAAGAUUUAAGGGUAAUCUGUCAACUAACUGUUUUCUUGUUCCUUCAGCAUCUUUUCUGCAGUUAGGUCAAAGGUUCGGUCCUCAUCCUAAUACUAAUAUUGAAUCACUUCGUAAUUAUUCGAGUUCUUGUUCUUUAGUUAAUAAUAAUGCUGGUGCAUCAUCUGUAGUUGCGUGUGAUCAUUAUGAUAAAGUGACCAACUUGAACGAUGCUCUGAAUUCGUACAAGGUAAUGAUCCACAAACGACCCCUUCCAUCCGUAGUUAAGUUUACUCGAUUAUUGCAUGAUGUCACCAAGCUAAAACAUUAUGCUUGCUCCCUAUAUCUUUUUAAACAAAUUUCUGCACUUGGUGUUCCUGUUAACACUUACACCACCGGUAUUGCCAUAAAGUGUUAUCAUCGAUUGAAACGCACCAAAUAUGGUCUUGCAGUCUUAGGCUCUUGUUUCAAACAAGGUGUUGAACUUCAUGUGUCCACUUAUAAUACUCUCUUGAAAGGCUUUGUCCUAAAUAACACUCACCUGGCUGAGCAUCUGUUCCGUGAUUUCAUCUCAAGUAACCGACUAUCUGAACUUAACUUGGUCAGCUACAAGAUUAUGGUUAAAGGGCUUUGUAAGAUCGGCGAUAGCUUUACAGCCAUCGGUUUGCUUAGGCUUAUUGAUCAUGGAAUAUUAGAUGGCGGCAAGAGUAAGCUUGAUGUUGUCAUAUAUAACACCAUCUUUGAAAGUCUCUGCAGUGACAUAAUAUUUAUAGAUUAUGCAUUCAAGCUCUUUAAAGAAAUGGUUCAUCACAAAGGCAUCCAGCCAAACAUCCACACAUACAACUCUUUGAUUCGUAACCUUUGUAAGUUAGGUCGUUGGGACGAGGUGUGUAGGAUGCUAAAACAAAUGGAGGAUGAGAAAAUCUCCCCAAAAGUCAAGACUUUUAAUAUCAUUGUUGAUGCACUUUGCAAACAGGGUAAGAUAGAUGAAGCAAAAGCUGUUAUCGACAUCAUGAAUGAUGAGACCGGUGGCCAGUAUCCUCCUAACGCCGUCACCUACAAUCCACUAAUUGACUUUUAUUGCUGGAGACGUAAAAUGAGUGAAGCAAGGGGAAUUUAUGAUUCAUUGGACUCCAAAGGCAUCAAACCGAAUUAUGUUACUGAUCAUGAGUUAUUGCUUGGGUAUUUGAUUGAUGGAAAAAAAAGAAAGUUUUACGAUUUCUAUGAUGAUAUAAAAACUACAUGCCUUGCCUUUUUUUUAGCGGAUGAAGUAUCUAGUAACACGUCUGAUAAAUUUUCAUUUCCGAAGUACAUUGGAAGUUAUAGAAGUAUUAUAAUGAGACUUCCGUAUGAUGAGGCACUUGUUUUCAUGUGUCUCAUGGAUCGCAGCGGGCACAAUUCAGAACUUUAUCCUCACGAUGAACUCAUCGAAGGUGCGAUCAAACACCGGAGGUUUGAUGAUGCAAGGCGUCAUUUCCACAACCUACUUGUGAAAGGCAUGAAACCUGAUGGGUUUAUAUAUAUAUUUCUAAUAGAUGGUUUUAUCAAGGCAGGUUUAUUCAGAGAAGCUAUAUAA